ACAGCCCCGGGGACAGAGAGCGCGGGCCAGAGCAGGGAAAGUCUGAGUCACAGCUCCAGCUCCUGGGGACUGCACGGUUGGCCGGUGGCUCGCGGCUUGGCCCUGUGCAGGGAGAGACGCGGAGACACAGCAGCACAGAGUCCCUGCAUACGGAGCUCACCGACAUGGUCCCUGGGUGCAUGCCAGCAACAGGAUCCCAGCACGGCACCUCCUGAGAGACACCAGCCAGGCCCAGUGUGGACACUAGGGCACGGGCAGCGCGUGGCAUGGAGCUGCCUGAGGUGGAGGACAACGCGGAGUUCCUGGAGCGGCUGAUGGAGGUGACCUCGCGCAGCCUGCCCCAGCUGGAGCUGCAGGAGCAAUACACCAUCAUCAAGGAGCUGGGCAGCGGCACCUACGGCAACGUGCUGCUGGCAGAGCACCGGGAGCGAGGCACGGCCCUGGCGUUGAAGCUGAUGCCGAAGGAGAGGACGGAGCGGCGAGCAUUCCUGCGGGAGUACUGCAUUGCGCUCUGCCUGUCUGCCCAUGCCGGUUUCCUGCGCACUCUGCCCAUAGUCUUUGAGAGCCCCACCCACUUUGCCUUUGCCCAGGAACUAGCGCCCGCUGGGGACCUGUGUGCCAUCGUGCAUGACGGGGAGGGUCUCCCAGAGGCCCAGGUGAAGCGCUGCGCGGCCCAGCUGGCUGAGGCCCUGGACUUCAUGCACGGCAAAGCCCUGGUGCACCGGGACAUCAAGCUGGACAACGUGCUGCUCUUCGACUGCGAGUGCCGGCGGGUGAAGCUGGGCGACUUCGGGCUGACGCGGCUGGAGGGCACGCCCGUCUGCGCCAUGUCGGGCACUCUGCCCUACGCGCCGCCCGAGCUCUGCCUGCUCGAGGCCUCGGAGACGCUGGAGCUGGACGCCAGCCUGGACGUGUGGGCCUUCGGGGUGCUGCUCUUCUGCCUCGGCACCGGCUGCUUCCCCUGGGACGUGGCUGUCAGCCCCGACCCCCAGUUUGAGGCGUUCGGCGCCUGGCAGAACAGCACGGUGCCAGGGGAGGCGCCGGCGCCCUGGAGGGCUUUUGGCCCCGCCGCCCAGGAGAUGUUCCGGCGGCUGCUGACCCUCGACCCCAACCGCCGCAGCCCAGCCAUCGAGGUGCACAAGUACCUGCCCCUGGUCUGGCUGGCGAGCAGCCUCCGGGAGCUGGACGGUGCCGGGGGACUGGGGGGCCAGGGGCACAGCCAGAGCCUGGCCGGAGAGCAGCACGGUCAGGAACAGCCCCGACGCAGCCCAGUCACUGCCUGCGGCACAGGCCCCCCCACCGAGAGCUCUGCCCAGCCUGGGGGGGGCAGACCCCAGUCCGAAUUGGGGAAAGAGGUGGGGGGAGGGGAGGAAGGAGCAGAGGGAAAGGGAGGAGGCACUGGCAGGAGCGGAGGGGGAGGGGAGCCAGCACCCCCUGCUAUAGCUUCCAUCCCCUGCCACCCCUCUGUCUCCUUGGCCCCCAUCCCGAUCAGUUCCUGCUGAGGAGCCCGAGAUGAAGGGGCAGCCCGGGGCUCCCUGCCGGGGCUGCGCUUGCCACAGCCAGAUAGGCCCAAGGGCUGGGCUCAAGGAGCCUGUUCCCCUCCGACAGCGCCAGCCCCUGCUGGGUGGGCAAAGGAGUCACGGCCUGCAUCUACAGCAAGUCAUGGGCGAUGAGCCGGCCAUGGGGGGCAUUCUGAGGUCAAGGUGACCCAUUGGCCAGGGGCUCCCAGUGCCGGGCUGUGGCUAAGGGGGCGAGCACACGGCUGGGCUGGAUCAGCAAGGGGUACCCCGCAUGGUCGGGGAGGGUAAGUGGGACCGUUCCUCGGCCCUGGGCCCAGCUCGGGUGUCCUCACUGGGACAAGCGGGGAGGGGUUGGAGAAGAGCUACAAGAAGGAUUUGGGGGGUGGGAACCUGCCGAGCUCAGUGGAUUCAGUGUCUCCGCCCAGAGGAGGGUCCGAGGAGCUGCAAUCCCGGCCUCUGGAUACCUGCCCAGGAAGGAGAUUUCAGAGAGCAGGGGGCUCUGUGCUCCCCCGGGGGCAAAGGCAGAGCCAGACCCACUGCUGAAGCCAGACUGAUGCAGGCUGGGAAUAAGGUGCAGAUUUUGGAAUGAGGAGAACUAAUGCCUGGAGCAUGGGGGAUUCUCCUGACUGCAGGGUUGGGGGAUUCUCCUGACUGCUUUCUAAACCUUUGUCACAGAUCCACAGGAUCGGGGCUAUGGCCCCAGCUUUGUAACAGUCCCAUCAGUGUGCCAGACCCCCUAGGGCUCUCACUCGUUCUCCAGAGUGAGCCACAUGGCCUCACUGCCUCCUUAGGCCGGACCUCUGGUCCGCCAGCCCCCCUGCACCACCCCGUGAGCUCCGUUCAGGGAGUCCCACUGAGACAGACCCCUGUGGGAGACUUGUACAAUCGUAGGGAGCAACGCACCCGUCCACCAGCGUGUGCAGGGACACACAGCCAGCGCUGUCCCACGGGCGGGUUUAUUAGUCAACUGACCCCCAGUGCAGGAAGCCCUUGGUGAGCCCAGAGAAAUGAUGGUUACAGCAGAGCCCAUUCUAGGUAGCCAGAGCUCAAAGCUCUGUCCCUGUGUCGCUCAGCCUGACCUCCUCCCUCAGUAGAGCCCUGCACGGAUACAAAUUUCUACCUGUGGAUGCGGAUAUCCACAGAUAGAGAUCGGUAUCCACGGAACCACAGGGCUCCCCUGGGAACAAGCAAGAGGCCCCCAGUGCUUGGCCUGGGUUAGCCCUGAAGACACGUAGACCUUGCUUGUCAUGGAAGCUUCUUUUGCUUUUGGAAAUUUAAGAGUGGAACUCGUUUGUGUGUGAGGGGGGUGUUUACCUGCUUUAACCUUGUAAAUCAUCUGCUUGAUUCCUUUUCCUAGGAAUCAAUCUUUACCUAGUUUAUUACAGGAUUGGCUACAAGUGUUGUCUUUGGUGUGAGAUCUAAGGUGCAAUUGACCUAUGGCGAGUGACUGGUCCUUUGGGAGUGGGAGUCACCUGAAUAUGGCUCACCCACAUGGCCACAGGGAUCCAAGUGGUGGAGGCAACCACCAGAUGACUCCUACCCUCCCUGACAUACUCAGGGAUCCCAUCAUGAUGACCCCCCCAGCUGCCCCCGCCCCUGCCAGCCUCAGGGAUCUAAUGGGAGCAGAAUCUGAGCACCCUUCAUCCAGGGAUUCACACACGCAUGUAGUGGCAGCAACACCCAGCCACAACCCACCUCUGCCCCCUCUGAACAAAUUCAGAAAUCCUGUGGGGGCAGUACCCAGCUCUCCUCUGCCCCCUCGCUGGCCUCAGGGAUCCACUGUAGGCAGCGUCAGCACCUGGCCAUCCACCAGCCAGCACCAUGGAUCCGUUGGUGGCUUCAUCUGGCUGCCCCCCCACCCCCGCGCUGGCCUGAGUGAUCCGGUGUUAGUGACACCAGGCCUGCCCCUCCGUCAGGGAUCAAGUGGCAGCCGCAACGGGCUGACUCCACCCACCACCACCCUCGCCAGCCUCAGGUUUGCCAAGGUGGUGGUGGUACCCAGAUAUCCCCACUCCCUCAGCUAGCCUCAGGGAUCCAGUGUCCAUGGUAUCCAAUGUAGUAAGAUGAGGCCCUGAAACAUAAACCCUUAUAUCAGAGGUCCGGUAUGAGGCCUAAGGCCUGAACUAAAGUAAUGGUCAAGACUUUGCUAACAUAAAGCAGAGUUAAGCUGUGAGCCAGAGGCGGGCCCUGCUCACAAAAGUUGGCAAGAAGAAGGCUGCUAAUUGGCCACAUACACAUAUCUAAAGGGUAUCAAGCACUAAUAGGCUAACCGUGGGCCAGGAUGGCACCAGAACAGUCCGGUACGAACACAUUCCACAGAGAUAAUGAGGAACAGGCUGACCCAUCCUAAAAGACAGGGUCAAAAGGAUAAUAUGAUGGAUCAGGGGUUGGCAACCUUUCAGAAUGUGAUAUAUGCCAUCAUGUGCCAGCAAUGCCCUUCUGCCACGUACAUUGGCCAAACCGGACAGUCUCUACGCAAAAGAAUUAAUGGACACAAAUCUGACAUCAGGAAUCAUAAUACUCAAAAACCAGUGGGAAAACACUUUAACCUGUCUGGCCAUUCAAUGACAGACCUGCGGGUGGCUAUCUUACAACAGAAAAACUUCAAAAACAGACUCCAACAAGAGACUGCUGAGACUGGAAUUGAUAUGCAAACUAGAUACAAUCAAUUUAGGAUUGAAUAAGGACUGGGAAUGGCUGAGCCAUUACAAACAUUGAAUCUAUCUCCCCUUGUAAGUAUUCUCACACUUCUUAUCAACCUGUCUGUACUGGGCUAGCUUGAUUAUCACUUCAAACGUUUUUUUCUCUUACUUAAUUGGCCUCUCAGAGUUGGUAGGACAACUCCCACCUGUUUAUGCUCUCUGUAUGUGUGUAUAUAUAUCUCCUCAAUAUAUGUUCCAUUCUAUGCAGCCGAAGAAAUGGGCUGUAGCCCACAAAAGCUUAUGCUCUAAUAAAUUUGUUAGUCUCUAAGGUGCCACAAGUACUCCUGUUCUUUUUGCGGAUACAGACUAACACGGCUGCUACUCUGAAACCUUUCAAAAGUGGUGUGCCGAGUCUUCAUUUAAUCACUCUAAUUUAAGGUUUUGCAUGCCAGUAAUACAUUUUUUUAGAAGUUCUCUUUCUAUAAGUCUAUAAUAUAUAACUCAACUAUUGUUGUAUGUAAAGUAAAUAAGGUUUUUAAAAUGUUUAAGAAGCUUCAUUUAAAAUUAAAUUAAAAUACAGAGCCCCCCAGACCAUGGCCAGGACCCGAGCAGUGUGAAUGCCACUGAAAAUCAGCUCACGUGCCACCUUUGGCACACGUGCCAUAGGUUGCCUACCCCUGUGAUGGAUAGACUUGUUUGUUCGAACCAACAUGUACCGGCAGAGAGGCAGCACCCCAACACGCAGAGGGGUUGUACCUCAAUAUGUCAGGAGUGAUGUGUAAUUUGUUUGUACCUGUGUAUAAGAAUGCACACCUGAGGAGGUUUCUUUGUCCAGCCUAGGGGGCAGUGGAGAGUCCCACCACUGACUGAGCUGCGUCCAUUGUCAGGGAGCACAUAUGUACUAGCAGAACCAUAGACAUCUGAUCUGGGGAGCUAGAGACUGUGUUUUGUUUGGCAAUAAACCUGGCCGGGUGCCUUCAUACCUUA